ACUCCUUAAGAAAUGAUUUGAAAUUCAUCUAAAGUGUAAAGAAAUUUAAAAUCCUUGAAAAUUGAAUAAUACUAUAUUUUAAAAACUAGAUUUAAAUCAUUCAUUGAAUGAAUAACACUAGAUUUCAAAAUACAAUUUAUAAUCAUCAUUCAAAUAACAGUUGAUUGUGUUUAGAUUUAAACUCUAUUAAAAUACAUGAUUGAAUAACCCCACCUAAAAUGAAAUUCGUUUUUGUUAAAUUACAUGUUUUAAAUAUAAAAAUGCUUAACAUAUUUAUAUGAAUAGAUUACCUUUUUGAUAAUAAGGUAAUUUGGAAAUAAAUAUUAACAAAAAAAAAAAAGUUAAAUAAUCAGAAAGGCCAGUUUAUCAACACUAUUUAAAGAAGGCCAGUUUGCAAAAACACCAAAAACCCUAAUCAGAGUUUCAUCUUCUUCGUUCUUCACAGUUGUAGAGAGAAAGAGCACGAACCAUGUUGGAUAUAAAUCUAUUUAGAGAAGAGAAAGGUAACGAUCCAGAGAUCAUCCGUGAAUCACAACGCCGGAGAUUCGCCAGCGUUGAUCUCGUCGAUGAGGUCAUCAACCUCGACAAGGAAUGGCGUCAGCGUCAAUUUGAAGUAGAGGGUUUACGAUCGGAGUUCAACAAGCUGAACAAGCAAGUCGCCAAGCUCAAGAUUUCUGGUGGUGAUGCAAGUGAGGUGAUUCAGCAAGCGGAGAAGAACAAACAAGACGCUGCUGAUAAGGAAAAGGAAGUUGGUGAUGCUUAUGCUAAGCUCAAAGAAAAGUUGGUGAAAGUUGGAAAUCUCGUCCCUGACUCAGUUCCAGUUAGUAACGAUGAGGCAGAUAAUCCUGUGAUAAAAGUUGAGGGUGAGAAGCCGGUUUUUGCGCCUGGUCAGAAGGUGUUGAACCAUGUGGAUCUCGUUGAGAAGACCUUCAUUGCAAAUAAUAAGAGAGGUGCUAAAAUUGCUGGAGGAAGAGGGUACUUCCUGAGAGGAGACGGUGUGCUACUUAACCAAGCUCUUAUCAACUUUGGGCUAAAAUUUUUGAAGGAUAGAGACCUAGGAUACACCGCAUUGCAACCUCCUUUUUUCAUGAGGAAGGAGGUCAUGGCCAAGUGCGCACAGUUGAAAGAGUUUGAUGAAGAACUUUACAAGGUAACUGGUAAAGGAAAAGACAAAGACAUAACUGGUGAAGGAGAUGGCAAAGACUAUAAUAAGGCAACUGGUGAAAAAGAUGACAAAUACCUGAUUGCAACUGCUGAGCAACCUCUUUGUGCAUACCAUAUGGAUGAAUGGAUCCCUACCACAGAGCUUCCCAUAAGAUAUGCUGGUUACUCGACCUGCUUUAGAACAGAAGCUGGCUCCCAUGGAAGAGACCAACUUGGCCUUUUCCGUGUUCAUCAGUUUGAGAAAAUUGAACAGUUUUGCCUCACCAGUCCUGACGAGAACAAAUCGUGGGAGAUGCUCGAGGAGAUGAUGAAGAACUCUGAAGAGUUUUACCAAGCGCUAAAACUCCCAUACCGAGUGGUGGAGAUUGUCUCUGGAGCAUUGAACGAUGCAGCUGCCAAAAAAUAUGAUUUGGAAGGUUGGUUUCCUGCGUCUGGUACUUACAGAGAGCUUGUGUCGUGUUCCAACUGUACAGACUACCAAGCUAGAAGGCUUGAGAUUAGAUACGGUCAGAAAAAGAGCAAUGAGCAGGCGAAGUACGUGCAUAUGCUGAAUUCGACUCUUACGGCUACAGAGAGGACCAUUUGCUGCAUUCUUGAGAACUACCAGCGAGAGGAUGGUGUGGAGGUCCCUGAGGCUUUGCUCCCGUUUAUGGACGGAGUAAAGUUUUUGCCCUUCAAGAAUAAGCCAGUAGUUGCAAACACCAAGAGCAAAAAGUCUAACUCUAAAGGGGCUGUAUUGAAUCAGGGGUUUCAAAAGAUUUUGGGGUGUUUUAAUUUUAGUGGGAUUUAGGGGAGUUUUGAAUUUAUUUUGGUGAUUUUGAUGAAAAUCAAUUG